GAUCGCGAUGAGGCUGAGGGCGUGGUUAGGUAGGGGGAAAUCUUCGUGCGCACCCUAGUGUUCGAACCUCAAGGGUUUUGCCGGAACCCGAAAUCCGACAAAUUCAGAUAAGAUUCCUGGGUUGGCCGCCCUCAGUUUCAUUCUCAACUCUGGUUCCCAGGCUCUACAAUGUCCGAGUCUUCUUGGAGCGCCUCCUUCCAGGCCACUUCUUCUUGGCUAGCCAUCUCCAGCUGGUGGUUUGGGGUCUGCCUUAGGGGCUUUUGCUGGUGAUGGUGUCCAACCUGCUCGAAGCACUCACAGUGAAGAACCAAUGUCUGGCACCGCGGUUCCUGGAUCUGCUACUUCUCAAGGGAGUCGCCAUCAGUCUGGAGGUAGCAGAUGGGACAUUCCUCAAGCUGGGGGAUCUCGUGGUAUGCGUUCCCAUCCACACGAGGUUCUUCGCUAUUGUCCUAGUUCUUCCACUUGGAAGCGUGACAGUAGCACCAUUCAAAUGGGCAGUACCAAUAAUUUGCGUGGAAUCAAAGGCAAGAAUUUGGGAAGCAUGGAUUUAGAUAUCAAUGUUGUAAAAGGCGGAUCAGCUAUGGCCUUUGGCCAAGAGGAAGGAGGAAACUAUGAUCGAUGGCCCUUGCGAUCUCCUUCACUGGUUGUUAGGAUAGGUACAGUUAGUUCCCGUCAAGAGGCUUCCUCUCCUGCUGCCAUUGAUCGCCUCCACCACAUGGAUUUGGAUGUUGGCAAGGUAUGUGUGGUUCCAGAGCUCAAAGCACAAUGGAGAAUCUAAAUGACUUUAAUAACUCUCACCAAGGGGACAAAGCGGCUUUCAGGAAUGAUCAGUUGGGAGAAGACAUGGAAUUUGACUCUGAAGCAGAAAAGAACAUGACUGAUUCUUUUUCUCGGGCAGCAGCGCAUGUCCCUAACGCGCCUCGGGCGCCAUGAAAGCCAUAGCUUGGAAUUGUUGAGCUAUGGGUCGGGACCUCGACAAUGAUCAUAUGUUGUUCCUGGCUAAUCUGAUCCGUUCUACUAAAGCUCAGAGGUGCUUCUGGAGGACUCUGGCUUAUGUGGAAUGAUGAUAUUAAAGUUUCUAUUCAUAGCACCUCCUUUCACUAUAUCCUUGCGAAUGUAGUUCAUCAAGCAUCGGGUGUUCACUUCUGUUUGACUUGUAUAUAUGGUGUCCCCUAUCAUAGACAGACUAGUACUAUUUGGAGUCAAGUUUCAACUUUUGUGUAUGAUAAUCUGGGCAAGCCCAUUAUGUGUAUGGGAGACCUUAAUGAUAUCUUGUAUGAUACUGAUGCUUGCAAUGGUAGUGUAAAUUAUUACCGUAUGUCGUCUUUUCGGUCUCUUGUUAAAAACUGUGGGUUUUUUAUAUUGGUUUUAGUGGACCUGCGUACACUUGGCAUAACAGGCAACACACUUCUAAUCCUAUUUACAGACGCUUGGAUAGAUGUCUUGUUAAUUCUGAUUGGUGUGCGCAUUUUCCUAAUACGAAAGUUCUCAAUUUGCCUAUCAUUCUAAGUGAUCAUGCUCCCAUUCUUAUUUCCAGAUAUGGUAACUUUGUUAAGCCAAGGCAAAUGUUUAAAUUUGAAAACUGGUGGUUGCUUGAAAAAGAUUUUAGUAACUUUGCUAGAUCUCCCUGGAAUAAUAGUGCAUCUGCUUCUUUUGUAGCAAAAUCUUCUUCUUUGGCAGGUUCCUUAAAAAUGGUGUAAGAAGAAAAAGCCAUUCCAUCAAGAACUUUUGGAAUUAGAGACUAGCAUCAAUCAGAUUCAGCAGCUACCACUACACCAGCAAGAUCAUAACUUGGAAAACUCUCUUAUUCUCAGGUAUGAGCACACUCUCUCUAAACUUAAUCAAUUUUACAAAUAGAGAAGCAAGAAGGGUUGGGCCAUUGGGGGUGAUUGUAACACUAAGUUUUUUCAUCAGGUUGUGAUCAAAAGAAGGAAAAGGAAUACUAUUUGUUCAAUUAAAGAUGAGAAUGAUGUGUUGCACUUCAAGCCUAGUUCUAUUACUAAUACUUUUGUCAAAUAUUUUAGAUACAUCUUCUCCUCGCCAAAUUUAACAUUGGGAGACCUUUUCUCACCACUCAUUUACGCGAGAACUCUUUAGAUCCCACUUAUUUUAUUCCUGAUAAACAUGAAGUCUUGCAGAUUUUGAAAGAUAUGAAGCUUAAUGCUUCUCCGGGUCCGGAUGGAUUUAAUGUUGAAUUUUAUUUUUGGCGGCCUGGGAGUGGAUAGGAGAGAAAGUCACUCAGCUUUGUGGCAAGCUUUUAUCAAACUGGUAUCUUACCUCCUCAUAUUAAUGAUACUAAUAUCGCUCUUACUCCGAAAAAGUUAGUGCCUCAGGUUCCUAUGGAUUAUCAUCCUAUUAGUCUUUGUAAUGUCGUUUAUAAAAUCAUUGCUAAAUCGUUGGCUAAUAGGAUUAAACCUCAUCUUCCUGAUUAUAUUGAUCCUGCUCAGCAAGCUUUUAUUAAGGGUAGAAGAAUUAGUGAUAAUAUCAUCAUUGCUCAAGAGAUUACUCACACUUUCUCUCUUAAAUCGUGGAAUCAUCAAGCUUUCAUGCUGAAAAUUGAUCUUGCUAAAGCUUUUGAUCGCCUAGAUUGGAAUUUCAUUGGGUCUGCUCUCACACGUAAAGGGUUGCAUAGUCAUUUCAUUAACUUGAUAUAUGCGUGCAUUUCGUCGCCUACUUUCUCUGUGCUCAUUAAUGGGCAGCCUUCUCAUAAAUUUAGAUGUUCUAGAGGUAUUCGUCAGGGCUAUCCUAUGUCUUAUUAUUUGUUUGUUAUUGCCAUUAAUGAGCUCUCUCUUGCCCUCAAUGAAGCUCUAGCUGCUCAACAUCUACAGGGAAUUUAGCUUGGACCAAAUUGCCCUCCUAUCCAUUCUCUGUUGUUUGCAGAUGAUCUGUUGGUUUGUGGCCAAGCUAAUAUGCAAGAAGCAAAUUCUAUGGCUCAACUCAUUCAUCACUUUUGUUCUAUUUCAGGUCAAACUCCAAAUUGGGCCAAAUCGGCUAUUCUUUUUAGUACUCAUGUCAGUCAAUCUGCUAUACAAGAGAUUAAGCAAGUUUUUCCUGUUUCUACCAUGAACAGGAAUUUCACUCAUCUUGGUCAUCCUCUUAUUCUUCCUGCUAAAAAUAGAACUGUUGCAUAUAAUUUUGUUCUGGAUAAAUUCAUGAAUAAAUUGCCGGCUUACAAAGCUAAUAUGCUUUCUCAUGCUGCUAGGCUUGAAUUGAUUCGUUCUGUUUUCUCUGCUAUUCCUGUUUAUUAUAUGGCUAACAUUUUGUUCACUAAGAAGUUUAUUGCAAAACUUAUUGUUGUUAUUAGGAAUUUCUGGUGGACAGGUGUCAGGUAAAAUGAUUCCAGAAGAAGCCUUUGCCUUAGAGAAUGGAAAGACAUAUGCGAUUCUAAGAAAGAAGGUUUGCUGGGCAUAAGGAAUUUGCAGGCUAUUAAUGAGAGUCUCAUUAUUGCAGCAGCUUGGAGAAUUGCCUAAUCACCUUCUUCUCAGAUGUACCUCAUUCUCAAAGCUAAAUACUUUCAUGACUCUUCUAUUUGGACAUCAAUUUCUUCUCUGCCUAAAUCAGCUUUCUGGACUUCUGUUUUGAAAAUGCUUCCCAAGUUGAAAGAUCAUUCUUUUUAUCAAUUAACCCAAGGUAAUAUCUCUACUUGGAGCACACCAUGGUGCAAUAUUUGGGCCUCUAUCCAUGAUCAUCUUAUUAUUCAAGAGCCUGGCUUCAGAUAUCCUUGUUUAGUUAGGGACCUUUGGCUUCGUGGUCAAAAAGCUUGGAAUUCUGCUCUUGUUAAUUCUCUUUUUCAGCAUCCAUUGGCCUCUGUGAUUCUCCAAACUGACAUUAUCUAUGAUGAUGGUCCAGAUCUGCUUUGUUGGGAUCUUUCUUCUAAUGGUAUUUGUUCUUCUAAAUCUGCUUAUAAGUUUUUUUGCAAGAAAUUCAUGAAAAUCCCAUGGCUGCUCCUUCUUUAGUGUCUUUGGAGGUGAAGGAUUUUCUAAGUUGAUCUGGAAACAAAAGCAAAUGUCACCCAAAGUUAAAACUUUUGCUUGGAGGCUCUUUUGGAAAGCUUUGCCUACAGGUUUAAGGGCGGGUCGUUUUUCCGCUCAUAUUUCUCAGGCUUGUUGUAGGUGUGGUAUACAAGAGGGUGAAUUCCAUUUAUUCUUUUUGUGUGAUUUUGCUCGUGCGGCAUGGUUCUCCUCUCCUUGGUUCAUUAGAUCAGAUGUUUUAAUUCAAGGCCAUACUAGUUUGCAUUCCUCUAUUUCUACCUUUCUUCGCAUGUCUCAUCCACAUGUCUCUAUCGAAAAUAUUCUAAAUUCUUUGUGGUGUCUUUGGAAGGCUAGAAAUGAUUUUCUCUUUGAUAGGAAAAAAGCCCUCCCUCAUCAUGUGCACAUUGUUGCAAAAGCCUUGUCUUAUGAUUUAUAUGAUGUUUCUAAUCAUAUGUCUAGCUUGCAGGAGGUGCCUCAAGUUCAAGUUUCUCCUGGUCAACUUCCUUUGCAGGGAAAAACUCUUAAAUCUGAUUUGCUCCUUGUCGGUCCUAAAAUAUACUCUAAUGCAGCUUUCAGAUGUAAGAAAUUUCCAGGAUUGGUGCAAGCUUCGGUUGCUACUGGAGUAGGAGUCUAUCUUUCGUGGCCUAAGGAUCAAUUUGAAAUAAAUGUGCAAAUUCAGGCUUCAGCUCCAGCUACAUCUUCUCCAAUACAGGCAAAAGCACUUGCACUUUCUUUUGCGGCUCAUCUAGCUAACAGGCUCAACAUUAUUCACCCAACUUUUCUUAUGCAUUGUCUAUCCUUGGCCUCAUUAGCUGCAUCGGGUGAGAUUGUGGAAGCCAAUACCCCAUGGAGCAUCCGGAAACUUUUGGGUGAUGUCUUCAAGCAAGUGUCCAAUUUGCGACCUCAAGUGUUUCAUAUUUCUAGGGAAAUAAAUGGAAUCGCUCAUAAUGCAGCUCAUCAGGGUCUACAUUCUAAUGUUGAACCUGAAAUAUGUUGCUUUGCUUCAGAUCACGGACAUAUAUCUUGCCCUGUUGUUUCUCUCCUAGAUACAUUUCAGGUUCAGGGCUUUGUAAUUCAUGCUAUAAGAUGCUACCGAGCUAAAUGAAUUUGGCGCUUCGUGCGCCUUUUGUUGUUCAAAAAAAACCCUCACCGUUCUGUGAUCAUAUGCUAGGCUCAUUCAACUAUGUGUUGUGUAUACGCACAAGUCGAGAGGAAAUUCACAGCAGUGGCAACCGGCAAAAGCAAGGCGUUUUUGUUGGUAUUUUUCUAUGUGAAGGCAAAAUUGUCCAAUCAGACUGGAUGGAGUACUACUCCCUGGUGUAAAGACCGAGUCGUGCAAGUCAAUUUGCACUUUUUAAAUAUCCGUUUGCUAUAAGGAGAGGCAAACCUACAAAGGCCAAUUAUUUCCUAAGAGUUCAUCUCACGUGAAGGACUAGGCUGAUUGACUAUUCCCCAAUGGCCAAAGAUAUGUUCGUUCUGCUCAAAAAGAUCAAAGA